CUUAGUAACACAGUUACUCAUUAACUUGUCCUUCUGGGAAGCAGCUGCAGAGUACACCUCGUUCAACCUUUGCACAACAUUUCUCCUUUUUACAGAAAAAACUAAACAAAAUGUAGUUAAGACUGAUGUGAAAUUUGAGAGCGUACAGACAGCAGGUGAACUCGCUGAAGCUUGUGGAAACUACACAGUCAGGUGACCAGCCUCAUUUGACUGCAGCAAGAGGACACUGGCUUCAUUUCAACUCAUAGGAUGAUAAUGCUGCCACCAUAUUUUACUUGUUACUGAACCGAGGAGUCCCGUCACUCAACCUUGCCACCUAGUGGAGCUUUGAAGGUUUAACUCCCUUCUGAUCAACAGUUAUCUUCCAGACAACUACCUCCCUCAUCUGGGGAAAUGCCUACCCUGCAACAUUUCCCUUUGAUCCCAUUUAUUUUGCACCUGCUGAACAUCGUUUGGUGAAGGAAUUAAAAACCUUUUUCCAGCUACAGUUAAGAGGCUCUCAAUUAGCAGACCAAAAAAAUCUGUUCCUUGAUUGACAUAUGUGUGAUAUGCACCCAUGAUCCAUUAAUUCAUGCUAGAGUUGAGGGUGCCCCAAAGCAAGAGCAUCCAACAAGAAGCAAAUUGAGCCACACAGGAGAAGCCAGUCCCUAAAAGAGACUGCACAAACAGCCAGAUGGAACCAACAAUUGGCAUGCUCUCUACAGCUACACCAACAGCAACACAAAAUCACACAUUCGAUAGCCAGACAGACAAAUAUAAAUCUCACAACUGGGAGUUCCUGGUGGCCGUCCUAGUCACAGCCAUCUCCAUCUCCAUUCUCAUUGCCCUUCUGGCUAAAUGCCAGGUGGUCCGGCGUUACCUGGCCAGCUACAGGCACACACGGCUGAGAGAGACAGACAACGUCAGCCAGUGUCACCCUUCAGGCCUGGAGGGGGAAUUUGCCAUGCACAGGGGCCGUGGAAUUAACCCUCACUGCCUCCCUCCUGUGAGCGAGGAAGAUGAUGACGGUUUCAUUGAGGACAACUACAUCCCGGCCAGUGAGAGAGCGAGGGCUGAAAGAGCAGCGGAGAACAUGGAGGACAUGGAGGACACAGAGGAUGAAAUGGAUGAAAUUGAAUUUACCAUCGCUUAGAGGGACUGUCUCUACACCUCCUCGGCUGUAUAUACCCCUGAAAAACCAAUUUCACUCCCACCUUUCCUCUAUUUUUAAGUAAAAUCCAUAUUGUCGAUGAGUAAAA